AUGAUCAGAGACUACACCAUUAGAAACUUUAAGCUAAAUCUCAACACAGGAAUCACUCAGAAGAUCCAUCUCCCUUUGAAUUUCUCCGGUAUCGAAAUCGAUACGGUCAAGUUAAGAUGCGGGAGUUUGAGAAGAUACGGUGCAAGAAUCGGAGAGUUUCACAUCGGUUCAGGCGUGACGGUUGAGCCAUGCCCGGAGAGAGUUAUGCUGGUUAGACAAAACCUCGGUUCGAAUUGGUCUUCAAUCUACUCGACCGGUUAUAACUUAACCGGUUACAAUUACCAGCUCGUUUCACCGGUUCUCGGUUUAUUAGCUUACAACGCUAACCCUGACGGUGUAGCCACGAACCCUUACGAGGUUAACGUUGUGGGUACCGAUCAAAACCCGAUAUUGAUCGAUUUCUUCAGCAGCAAGGCAAAUAGUACCCCAAACCCUAAGAAAAACUCAUCACUGUUGUGUGCGUGUUUCGCAAGUAACGGUAACACAACGUUUAGUGAGCAAGUUUCGGCUUAUGUGUGUAAAGGAACAAGACAAGGGCAUUACGCUCUCGUGACGACAGAAUUAGCUCCAAAAAAUGAUGACGGUGGAAUGGGCUCCUACUGCUUCUGCAACUAG